AUGGAGCUCCUCGUGCCGCUGGUUAUCGGCCAGAUCCUUCGUAUCAUCAGCUAUGUUGCUGCAAUUGCCCUAAUCUCGGUGGUGGUCAACUUGAUUCACCAGCAAUUCUUCUAUCAGCGCAAUGAACCACCGCUGGUAUUCCACUGGUUCCCUUUCAUUGGAAGUACGGUCGCCUAUGGCAUGGAUCCGUACAAGUUCUUCUUCGCGUGUCGUGAAAAACACGGCGACAUCUUCACAUUCAUCUUACUCGGCAAGAAGAUCACUGUCUACCUCGGAAUAGAAGGGAAUGAAUUCAUCCUGAAUGGAAAACUCAAGGAUGUCAACGCCGAAGAGGUCUACGGCAAACUGACAACGCCCGUCUUCGGUUCCGACGUCGUCUACGACUGUCCAAACUCCAAGCUAAUGGAGCAAAAGAAAUUCGUCAAAUUCGGCCUCAGCCAAGAAGCCUUAGAAUCCUACGUACCCGCGAUCGAAGAAGAAGUAAAACAAUACAUCAAAACCUCAGGUCAAUUCAAAGGCCACACCGGUACAAUCAACCUACCGACAGUAAUGGCCGAAAUCACAAUCUUCACAGCCGGCCGCACCCUCCAAGGCCCCGAAGCUUUUCUCCCAUCAAUUUCAUGCUCCCCUGGGCCCCCCCUCCCCCACAACCGCAAGCGUGAUAUCGCUCAUGCACGCAUGCGCGAGAUCUACCUCCAGAUCAUCCAUGAGCGUCGCGCCACAGGCGAGCAAGAGACCAAAAAAGAUAUGAUCUGGAACCUAAUGCGCUGUGUCUACCGUGACGGACACACAAUUCCCGAUAAAGAGAUUGCUCAUAUGAUGAUCACGCUACUCAUGGCUGGACAACACUCUUCGUCGGCGAUUAGUUGCUGGAUCAUGUUACGGCUUGCAUCUGAGCCGGAGAUGACUGAGAAGUUGUACGCCGAGCAGGUGCAAGCCUUGGGUAAAGAUCUGCCACCGUUGGAGUUUGGACAUUUGGAGAAACUUCCUCUGCAUGCUUUCGUUAUUAAGGAGACGUUGCGGAUCCAUUCGUCUAUUCAUACGCUUAUGCGUAAGGUCAAGAAUCCACUUUCGGUUCCGGGGACGAACUAUGUUAUCCCGACUAGUCAUACGCUUCUUUCAUCGCCUGGUGUGACUGCGCGCGAUGAACAGUUCUUCAAGAAUGCUAUGACCUGGGAUCCGCAUCGGUGGGAGUCUCGCGUUGAGGACGAUGAAGGUGAGGGCGAUACUGUGGAUUAUGGAUAUGGCACUGUGUCGAAGGGGACAAGGAGUCCGUAUCUGCCGUUCGGAGCUGGCCGGCAUAGGUGUAUUGGGGAGAAGUUUGCGUAUUUGAAUUUGACGGUUAUUGUUGCGACGCUUGUGAGGGAAUUCCGCUUUUUCAAUCCUGAAGAUAGGGUUGGUGUGCCUGAGACGGACUAUUCGUCGCUGUUCUCUCGUCCGGUACAACCGGCUACGGUGCGGUGGGAACGUCGUGGGUAG